UAUCUAAGGAUGCUAUACCAAGCUGGGCAAUUACUAAACAUGGAGGAAGUUCUUGAGGCUGUGGAACCCAGAGUCACUCGGAUGAAUCAACAGCUCCUAGCUCCCUUUUCUAGGGAGGAAAUAUGGGAAGCUCUCAAGAUGAUGGCACCCACGAAAGCCCCUGGGGCAGAUGGAAUGCCAGCCUUAUUCUUCCAAAAGAACUGGGCAGUGGUGAGGGAUAUAGUAUGUUUGGAGUUGCAAAGAAUCCUAUUGACAGGACAAAUCCCCCCACCCUUAACCAUACAUUGUUAGCCCUCAUACCAAAGACGAAGGAACCAAAGUCCCCAAAGGAGUUCAGGCCAAUAUCACUUUGCAAGGUUCUUUACAAAAUCCUAGCAAAAGUAUUGGCGAACAGAUUGAAGAGGAUCCUGGACCUGGUAAUUACAGAAAAUCAAUACGCCUUCGUUCCAGGGAGAAACAUUACAGAUAAUAUAAUGGUUGGCUUUGAGUGCUUUCAUGCCAUGAAGAACAGGAAGCAAGGAAAGAAGGGUUAUGUGGCUGCAAAGCUGGAUAUAGCUAAAGCCUAUGAUAGGGUGGAGUGGCGUUUCCUAGAGAGCAUAAUGCUAAAGAUGGGAUUCCAUGAAGACUGGGUUCAUUUGAUCAUGCAAUGUGUCACUACUGUGACUUACUCAGCACUAGUGAUUGGCCAUUAGACUGAAAUCAUCACACCUUCAAGGGGAUUACGACAAGGGGACCCUAUUUACCCCUAUCUAUUCCUUCUAUGUGCAGAGGGACUAUCAGCCCUAACCAAAAAAGCAGUGGGAGAAGGGAAUCUAAAAGGAAUCAAGGUUAGUAGUAAUGGUCCUAUGAUUACACAAUUAUUCUUCGCGGAUGAUAGCAUUUUCUUCUUCGAGAACAAGAAAGAAGAGGGAGAGAUGCUAAGGAACAUACUACAAACCUAUGAGCAAGCCUCAGGACAAGAGGUCAGUCUUGCUAAAUCCGAAUUGUCCUUUAGUACGAAUGUAAGUGAUGAAGGUCGAAAGGAAAUGGUGGAGAUAAUGGGAAUGAGGACUGUCAUGCAUCAUGACAAGUAUUUGGGACUCCCCACAGUUAUAGGGAGAGCUAAGAAGGCUGUGUUUUCACAACUAAUCGAUAGGGUCAUACAAAAGAUUUAAAUGUGGAAGGGGAAGCUACUAUCCAAUGCUGCAAAAGAAGUUCUAAUAAAGGCUGUGACUCAAG